AAAACAAUUCCCUUCACCGCCACAAAAAUAUCCUGCGGCCAAAGAACCCCUAAAACCCCUAAUUACAGUAAUAGGGUUUUGCGGAAGCAGCAGAGGAAAAUGGAGGAGGUGCAAUUGGGCGAAGAGGAGAUCGAUAAAGCGACAGAGGUCGCUCCGGCCCUGAUUUCUGUCCACCCUUUUGAGAAAUCCGUCGUCGUUGCUCUUGGUUCCGAGCUCCGCGUCUUCGAUUUGGAGGGGGACUGUUCAAUAUCUUUGUCAGAUGAUUCUGGUGGUCCUGGUCAUUCAGAUUCGAUAAGAGCUAUUUGUUUUGAUGCAAGUGGAAGGCUUUUUGCAUCUGCAGGAGAUGACAAACUUGUUAAGAUUUGGACGACAGAUUCUUGGUGCUGCAUUAGAACUGUGUGUGCAGAUAAACGAGUGAGUGCAGUUGCAAUAAGCCAUGAUGGCUCAUUUGUUGUGUUUGCAGAUAAGUUUGGAGUUGUUUGGGUGGUGAGCUUGGAUAGAGAUGGUGAGAGCCAAGCAUUGUGUGCGAAGAAACCCAUGCCAAUUCUCGGGCAUUAUUGUAGCAUUAUCACUACUUUGAAAUUCUCACCUGAUGGACGUUUUGUUGCUAGUGCUGAUAGAGACUUCAAAAUUCGGGUUACCAUAUUUCCAAGGGAACCCUUGAAGGGUGCACAUGAGAUACAAAGUUUUUGUCUUGGUCAUACAGACUUUGUCUCUUGUCUGGCUUUUGUAUGUCCUUCAGAUUAUCCUCUAGGUUUCCUAUUAUCUGGAAGCGGGGAUUCAACAGUCCGGUUGUGGGAUUUCAACUCUGGAUGCUUGCUUGCUACUUGCGAGGUUGGGAAUAUGGCAUUGGAGUCUAAUGAAACUGACAAGGGGAAUCAUCCUGCGGUCACUGAUAUUUCUUCCUCUGCUGAUGGUGCAUUAAUUGUUGUAUCCAUCCAAAGCUUUCACGGUGUGAUGCUUCUGACCUGCAAUUUUUCAGCCAAAAGUCUUUCUGUGGCGAAGGUUGUUUCCAUGAAAGGAAGUUAUGUUCCGACAAGCUUGUGUGUGAGUUCUUUAGCAAAACACUUGUGGACUGUCAUGGGUGCAUCGAAUCAGCCUUCUUCAGGCACCACCCAGUUGGCACGUGUUAGAGUUUGUUCCAUUUCUCGCCAAGACCGCUCUCCCCAUGGUCACGAUCUGUUUGUUCUUGAAGACAACGAUACCACAGGUGGCGAGAAAUUGCUUUCGAAGUUGCAGGGAAGUUCAGAUGUCACUGAAAUAGAAUCUAUGCUCGCGUCAACAACCUCAGCACUAAAUACGGCAAUCCAUAAUCUACUGACGAAGAAGCAAUAUUCAUCGGAGAAACGAGAAUUCCGGAAAAAGAACAGAAAUGACAGGAAGCAGAAACAAGAGCCAUUUGCUUUCAGGUAAUUUUCGUUCAGUUAAUUUCCAACUUUUGUCAUAAUGUCGACAUUAUGAUCAAAAGAACCAAAUUUUCUUGAAUGUUGUUGUAUCAUACACCUGAUUAUGACACCUUGACCAUGUUUUUAUGGGAAUUCCACUAGCACUAAAUUAUCAUCAUAAUCUUGACUGGCAAAAUUUUUCCUA